AGAGAGAGAGAGAGAGAGAGAGAGAGAGAGAGAGAGAGAGAGAGAGAGAGAGAGAGAGAGAGAGAGAGAGAGAGAGAGAGAGAGAGAGAGAGAGAGAGAGAGAGAGAGAGAGAGAGACGAGCGCAUUAUUUUAAUAUAAUACUUAUGUGAAAUGCGCAUUUUAACCAUGCAUUCUCGUUUCGCUGUGGAUAUGUGUGGACGGCUGAUCUAGUCAGUGCAUGUCUCUCUGCCUGUCUCUGCCUGUCUCUCCGCCUGACUUUCUGCCCGUCUCCUCUCUCCCCUCGUGUUAAACGCAUGCUUGUUAUUUUUUUUAGUGCGUGCCAACUGAAAGUAUUUCCUUAAACGCUGAUGGUGCUGAGGCAAAUCCUCUUACUCCCGGCCACAAUAGACUUGUCUAUUACUAAAAAGCUUUUAAAAAGCAACCGCGCAUUGGCAGCCUGCCGUAGUCUAGUUGCCAAGGAAACACACUACCCCCUCCCCCUCUCCGCCAGUGUCCUCGCUCACCUCUCCCGCCCUUCCCUCGAGUGUUAUAUUUCAAAGCUGUCAGCAGCCUCUCGCGCUCUCUCACUGCAGCCUUUCAGCUAAAAGCUUUUUGUGGAGCCAGCGGAGCCCGCGCGAGAAAAGGCGCUGGUGGGAGUGGCCAGGGAGGGAAAAAGGGAGGGAAAACAGAGGGCCCCUUUCACCGUUGCCAGGGCAACUUGUGACGAACCCCCCCCCCCCCUCUACUAAAAGCUUUUAACCGGAUCUCUCUCCUGCCUUAGGCCCCAUUUUGAGGGCUCUUUCAGCUAAGCUGUGUGGGGGAAAGGAGACGGUUAGCUGGCGGUGACUGUGUGUUAAUGCACAGGGCUGCUCACUGUAAAGUCUAGAGAGAGAUCUCAGCAAGGCAAAAGGGCUUUUUACCCUCACACACUCUAAAGACUGUUCUGUGCAAUAGGUUGGAAAACAGGCUGUUUUUAACAAUGGCUUCAGAGGACAAUUUCAGCUACCUUCUGCCCGGCCACAGUGAGAAGCACAGGCGGGCCCGCAACUGGACCGACGGCGAGAUGAAGGCCUUGCUCUUCGUGUGGGAGGAGCAUCACAACGAGCUGAAGUUGAGCAAGAGGAACGCCAAGGUGUACGAGAAGAUGUCCCAGAGGUUCCUGGAGCUGACCGGCGAACUGCGCCACAAGGAGGAGAUCAAGAUGAAGAUCACCAACAUGUCCUUCCAGUACAGGAGACUCAAAUGCAACAGCGAGGAGGCCAGCGAGGCCCCUGAUUGGCCCUACUUCAAGGCCAUCGAGACCAUCCUGUCCAAGCCGCCGGAUAACGGACGGCUCAGCUCCUUCGAGUUCCACGCAGCGGCCGGGGGCGGGCCCUCCACCUCCUCCACCAAGUCCUCGGAGGGCCUGUUUGGCCAGGGGCCCGGGACCCGCAGCGGAGCCGGGGGCCUCAUAGGCUUCCUGCCGGAGUACACCGGCUCCUCCGACGAGAUGGAGAUGAAACAGGAAGUGAUCGACUCGCUGAGCUCGGACAGCCGUACCCUUUCAACUCAAAACCCCAUGUCUCCCUGCAGCUCCCGCCCGGGGAAGAGAAAGCGCGCGGACAGGAAGCUGGUGUCCAUGAAGAGGAAGAAGCUGCGUCUGAUGAGGGCCAUGCUCCAGGAGCAGCGCAGGAUGAGCCGCUCCAUGGAGGAGAGCAGUCGGGAGGUGCGCCGUGCCCUGCAGCAGCAGAACUUCCUCCAGAUCCAGACGCUGCAGCUCCAGGAACGCAUGAUGAACCUGCUGGAGAAGCUGGUGCAGCCCACCCUCCCGGGCUCGGCCACACCGUGGGCCCAGGGCGGGGCCCAAGAACUGGGGAAGCCGUGAGACGCGAGACAGCCCUCCCCCCAGGUGUGACGACGGAAGGUCCUGGAAGAGGUUUGAGGGACGGACGUCGCAGGGUGUUCUCUUGUAGAUAUUUAUAGAUGCAUGGGAAGGAUGAGCCGGUAUGGAGAGGAGGGGCCUUUUGGAGGCAGUCCAUUGAUCAUUUGUCCCUGUGUCAUGCUGAAGAUAGUCUUUGAUUGAUUGCAUAGGAUGCUGACUAGCCAACUAUAUUUUUUUAUUUUUGCGUUUGUGCCAGAAUAGGGUGGGAAACCAAACCAUUGUACCGUCCUUGAAAUCUUCAUGCAACUAUUUCAGCUCAUGAUUUCAGUCAAUAUUGUAUAUAGACAUGGAUGGUUUCGUUCAAAACAUUCUGUUUUUGUAGAGUAAAAUAGUAUUUUUAUUUUUUUUAACACAAUUGUUCUAUAUUGAAAAGUGUAUGUUAUAUAAAGAAAGGUUAUGGACACAGGGCUCUCAAGUCUCACGCAAUUCAACACAUGCCCACGCUCACACGCCACACUUCGUAUUUCUCACGCAGAGAAAUUACCAGGAUAGCGCCCACCAAUUUGGGCCGCUAUUAAACAGUUGAACAGGUAGGAAUCAAAUGGGUUUCCCGUACGUAGGGUAACCAGACGUCCUCUUUUGCC